AAUAUGUAUAAUACAUACAGUUGGUAACUAGUAUCAUAAUUGCAGAAAAUUUAACCUCCAGAAUCCAUAUACGCAUAAUGAAACAUAAUAGUUCAAAAAUGUGAAUAUGAUAUCGAAUACAUAAGUUCUAUUUCUCUGAUAUCUAUAUUUUAUGAUUUAAAUGACGAAAAUUGCAGAUACAGCAAAUAGAACUAGUAUCUCUUAGACAGUGAAGAGCUUCAGAACAAAGUGCACAUAUUGUAAUUUAUAUUUCUAACUUAUUGCUCGGCGCAAGUACUUCAAAAAUGUUGGAAAAUAUAAAUAAGGAAUUGUUACCAAUAAAAACACAUUAUUUUUUAUUCAAUGCAGCUACUGGACCAAUAGUACCAUUUUUGCCAACAAUAGCAAAACAGUUAGGCUUCAAUGCUUUCUUAACUGGCACUAUAUACACAAUAUUGCCAAUUUCUGGUUUAGUAGCAAAACCUUUGUUCGGAGCAUUAGCUGACAAAUUCAAAAUUCACAAAAUGAUUUUUUUAAUGUUUCAAGCUGUUGUGGCAAUAACUAUGUUUUCCAUAUAUUUUAUACCAGAAGUAGAGAGUAGUGCAAAUGUUCAACUUACUUGUAAUGGUGAUGCAUCUAUAGAAAUAUGUUCAAAAAACGGAUUCCCUGAAAAAAUUAUAAAUAAUGUGAUAACAGAGACUGUUCACUUCAACGUAUCGUGUCAAGCAUCAUGUAAAGCCUCAAAAGAACUUUAUAAUGAAAUGUGCUCAUAUUGGAAAACACCUCAGUUUUGUAAAUUAGUAAAUUCAACCUCUAUUUUAAAUAACGAUACGAUUAAUUUUACCAUAAUAUUUGAUAUGUUUCAUGAUCUUCAUAUAAGCAACUGCAUAUACAUACAUAGUUUUAUUGUCAAAUUUUUAGAUAAUAUACCAUAUAAACCAACUUGUGAAAAUUAUGUGAAAACAUCAUGUUUAAUUACGUGUCAUAAUAAUGCCACCUUUAAUCAGUUGUUACAUGAUGUUAAUGUUGCUCAAAAUUCUGCAGAAAAUACAAGAUAUCAGUUUUAUUCAUUUCUGUUGGCAACUAUAAUUAGUUGGAUUGGAAUGGCAGUUGUUGUCAGCAUAGCUGAUGCUAUAUGUUUUAAUCUCCUUGGAAACGAAAGAAGAAAAGAAUAUGGGAAACAAAAGAUGUGGGGCAGUAUUGGUUUUGGUAUAUUUGGAAUAAGUGCAGGAUAUUUGGUAGACUUAUUUAGUGAAGGAAAAUUACAAAAAGAUUAUACUUGUAUAUUUUAUAUCAUGUUGGUCAUUAUGGUUCUCGAUAUCAUUGUGUCCGCAACUUUAAGGAAGAAAAAUCCAGAAUACUCUGAGGAUGAACCUUCAAUAUUAUGGGAACUACUCACUAUCCUUAAAGAGGGUAAUGUGUUGGCAUUUGGAUGGUGGUGCAUAGGUGCUGGAAUGUGUACUAGCGUAGUGUGGAAUUUUCUAUUUUGGUAUACUGAAGAUUUAGCAAAUAAUUCACAAAUAACAUGGCUGAAAACUUUACAAGGCCUUAUGACAGGCGUACAAUGUUUCCUAGGAGAAUUACCAUUUAAUUUUAUCUCGGGAACUGUUUUACAAAAGUUGGGUCAUGUAAAUGUUAUGAGUUUAGUUUUAUUGGUAUACGCAAUCAGAUUUAUGGCAUACAGUGUUGUAUCAAAUCUAUGGUGGUUUUUAGUUAUUGAAAUACUUCAUGGACCUACUUUAGGACUUUGUUGGCCUACAAUGGUAUCAUAUGGUGAUAAGGUAACACCACCUGGUACCAAAGCUACUAUACAAGGAUUCAUUGGUGCAAUUUUCGAAGGAAUUGGAGUAUCAAGUGGUAGUUUAAUAUGUGGAUGGUUAAUAAACAAGUAUGGUAGUGUUGUAGCGUUAAGAGCAUUUUCAAUAGGAGCAUUAUUGUGGCUAACUUGCUUCUGGCUCAUUCAAUUGUUCCUAAGAAAAUUUAAAACAUCGCCGAGACACAUGGGCCACAAUCAUUUGGCAAAUUAUUCUAAUCCAGAUGAUGCUAUUCUUAUGACUAUGAGUCGUGAAUUACAAACUUAUUAAUAAAAUAAAAACGACAGCGUUUUUUUUUUAGAAAUUUGAUAUAUUCAUUGUUUACUUAAAUAUGACGACUUUAGUUGAAUGUAGUAAAAUAUAUAUUUUUUUCGUAUAAUA